AUGUGGUUCAAUGCAGGAAGAAUCCAGGGGCUGGCAACUCUUGCCCUAGUCACUGCCGUGCCCUGUUUGAGCGAAGCUCAAGCUGUUCCGCCUGCCAUCCGGGAGAAGGGUGUUUCAGCUUGGGCUUUCGAUAUGAGCCAGGUCACUUUGAGCAGCGGCCGCUUCUUCGACAAUCAAGCUCGCACUCUCACUUAUCUAAAGUGGGUGGAUGUCGAAAGACUUUUGUACAACUUCCGUAAGAAUCACGGCCUAUCUACGAACAACGCACAAAAAAACGGCGGCUGGGAUGCUCCGGACUUUCCCUUCCGCACUCACGUCCAGGGGCACUUCCUGAACGCCUGGGCUUACUGCUACGCUCAACUUCGCGAUAACGAGUGCAAGAGCAGAGCCACUUAUUUCACGGCAGAACUGAAGAAAUGCCAAGCCAACAACAGCAAAGUUGGUUUCAAUACAGGUUAUCUCUCUGGCUUUCCCGAGUCUGAAAUCGAUGCUCUCGAGAAGCGGACCCUCACGAAUGGGAACGUGCCGUACUACGCUAUUCACAAAACUAUGGCCGGCCUGCUCGAUGUCUGGAUCCAUAUCGGUGACACGAACGCUCGCGAUGUGAUUCUUGCUAUGGCGGCGUGGGUUGAUCUCCGCACGGGAAAGCUCACGUAUGACCAGAUGCAGACCCUGAUGGGCACUGAGUUUGGAGGGAUGAACGAAGUGUUGGCCGACCUCUUCCAUCAAACAGGGGAUCAACGCUGGCUCACUGUCGCUCAACGCUUCGAUCAUGCUGCCAUUUUCAACCCUCUUGCUUCAAACCAAGAUAGUCUUAACGGCUUGCACGCAAAUACUCAAGUCCCCAAGUGGAUCGGUGCUUCACGCGAGUACAAAGCGACGGGAACCAGUCGUUACCAGGACAUUGCCCGAAAUGCGUGGAACAUAACUAUCAGCGCACAUUCGUACGCUAUUGGCGGCAACAGUCAAGCGGAGCACUUCAGACUACCCAAUGCGAUUGCUGCGUUCUUGAACCAAGAUACAUGCGAGGCGUGCAACACAUACAACAUGCUUAAGCUCACGAGGGAGCUGUGGCUGACCAACCCAAGUACGACAACAUACUUUGACUUUUACGAGCGGACAUUGCUCAACCACCUCCUCGGGCAGCAAAACCCAACUGACAAUCAUGGACAUGUCACCUAUUUCACUCCUCUCAACCCCGGUGGUCGCCGUGGUGUUGGUCCGGCUUGGGGUGGCGGCAAUUGGAGCACUGACUACAACUCAUUUUGGUGUUGCCAAGGUACCGGCCUCGAGACGAACACAAAGCUGAUGGACUCGAUCUACUUUUACGAUAACGAGGCUCUUUUUGUCAAUCUUUUCAUCCCUUCUGUAUUGAAGUGGACUCAGCGCAGCGUUACGGUUACACAAUCCACCAAUUUUCCACAGAGUGGCACCACCACACUAAAGAUCACCGGUGCUGGCAAGUGGACUAUGCGUAUCCGCAUCCCUUCGUGGGCUUCUGGGGCUCAAUUCCUUGUCAACGGAAAUGCUGUUAAUGCAGCAGCAGGGACAUACGCAUCAAUCAAUCGUAACUGGGUCUCAGGGGACACCGUUGUUGUGAAGUUGCCGAUGAAGCUGCAAGUUGUCCCUGCUAAUGAUAACCGCAACGUUGCAGCGUUAGCGUUCGGUCCUGUUAUCUUGAGUGGCAACUAUGGAAGUCAGACUCUUUCAACUACACCUGCAUUGGAUUUGAGUACUGUGAAGAAAAGCGGAACCACCGGGCUCACUUUCACGGCGGCGGCGGGAGGCAAGACGGUGAAUCUCGGUCCUUUCUACGAGGCGCAUGGAUUCAACUAUAACGUGUACUGGUCUAUUAGUGAGACAUUGCCUACGUGA